AUGGCUGACGAUCCAGCUAGGAAGCCUAUAGAGCAGGCAAAGACAAGGGAGCAACUCAACCGACUGUCGUCUAGUUUGUCUGGUUACGGAAGUACGGGAAACGAGCUUGUUGGAGCCACCGCAAGGAUCCAAGUGCAUGAAGAACAGACGGACACCCAGAACACUGAGGAAGAAGGAAAGGAGAAGGAAGAAGAGGAUCACAUUGUCAUGGAAAGCCUGCCCCAUGAAAAAGUACCAGAUGAAGUAAAUGUCAAACCAAUCAAGAUGGAAUGUUGUAAGAGAGUUGGAGUUGAAGGUGGCAAACUUCAGCUAGAUUCCUUCGGAAUUGCACUUGAGAUCCCUCUUGGUGCAAUUGACAGCGAUGCGCCACAGGACAUUUCCCUUCGUGUCCUGACAGAUACUCCUAAUCUUGGCAACAGCAAAGAAGAGAUGUCAGUCUGCUUUGGUGUACAGUGUUUAGCCCCUGAUGACUUAGUCCUUAAGUUACCGGUGACUUACACAAUACCCCACUGUGCUGUGAUUACACGAUACUCAAGUGUGAAGGCAGUCUUGUACACGGGAGAGGGAGAAUACUCACCCGAUGCAGUUGUUAAAGAACGAAUUAUGCUGUCGAGGUCUGGAACACCUAGCUGCAUCAUUACGAAAGAUGUACUCAAACUGAAGAUGAACCACUUUUCAUGGGUGAAGAUUAAGUUGAUGAUCAAGAAUUUCUUCUUCAGAGGAAAGAAGAUGCGCUGUCGGCCAUUUAAAGAAAAGAACCUAGCCCUACAGAAGACACCUGUCAUCUUACGUGCACACCUCUAUGAUGCCAUAAAAGGGAAUUGUGAGGUAAAUAUUUGUUGCAGCAGUUAA